GCUGUCCAACUGGAAGAAGAAACGGCUCUAUUGAGCAAACAUGUGGAUAACCUGGUCCAUGCAGAAAUUCGAACCAAAACCCAGUUGCAAUCCUGCUCCGAACAAUUGACUUUGGAAGAGCAACUUCUGAAACGAUUCCAUCGAGAGCUAGCCACUGCACUGAGUGAGAUAUCGCUGCCGUGUGGUACUUCUUCCGAUCUGGUUUCCUCGGGCACCGAGCACAUUACGGAAACCAGUGUGCAAUCGUUUCUCACACAAUUGGAACAAUUUAAACGAGAACAAAAGUAUCCGGACAUUGUGAACAGAGCGCAAGAACUACUCGAGAAUGCGAUAUCCAAAAAAGUGUUGAAACUGGUAACAAUAUGA